AAGUACACUUAGAGUAGAAUACCUGCUUUCGAUCAUUUUAAAAACAUGAACAGUUUGCGUCUGUGAAAUUAGUAAAUAGUUUGCGCAGUGGUGGACUUGACCCAGCAGCUGCAGCCAGCAUGAACUUCAGCAGACAGCGUGAGAAGAAAAAAAGCUCCCUUGACGUCAGCCACGUUAGAUUCAGCAGUCCAAGAUGGCGGAGGUGAGCGGGUUGAGGAGCAGAAAUCACUUCGAGCCCAACCGCAAAAGCCGAGUCGUCGACGAAGGCUCGAGUGGCGUGGAAGAUGUCCCCAUUUUUCGACAUAAGCAGAGGCCUCCUUUAGCCAAGCCUGAAGACCUGGAGGAUGAAUUGCUUCCCAGAACCAUGGCCUCAAACUCGGGCAAGAAUGCCAGCCUCACCCCCUCACCAGGUGAAGAGACUCAGGAAGAAGAGGCUGUGAUAGAGGACGAAAAGGCCAGGCCCAUCCAGAUCGUCCUGGCCAACGAGGAUGAGCACAGCUUUGAGCUGAACGCUGCAGCACUGGAGAAGAUCCUGCUGCAGGAUCACGUGAAGGACCUGAAUGUGGUGGUCGUGUCUGUGGCCGGGGCCUUCCGCAAAGGCAAGUCCUUCCUGCUGGACUUCAUGCUGCGCUACAUGCGCAGUCAGAGUGAGUCGUGGAUGGGAGGUGAUGAUGAGCCUCUGACAGGGUUCACCUGGAGAGGAGGCUGCGAGAGGGAGACCACAGGAAUUCAGAUCUGGAGCGAAGUCUUUGUGGUGGACAAACCUGAUGGCAGCAAGGUUGCUGUGCUCCUCGUUGACACUCAGGGAGCAUUUGACAGCCAGUCCACCAUAAAGGACUGUGCUACUGUGUUCGCCCUCAGCACAAUGACCAGCUCCGUACAGGUGUACAAUCUCUCCCAGAACAUCCAGGAGGACGACCUGCAGCAUCUGCAGCUCUUCACAGAAUAUGGCCGGCUGGCAAUGGAAGAGAUCUACCUGAAACCUUUCCAGUCCCUGAUGUUCCUGAUUCGUGACUGGUGUUAUCCUUAUGAACACGACUACGGACUGGAAGGAGGCAACAGCUUCCUGGAGAGAAGACUCCAGGUGAAACAGAACCAACACGAAGAGUUGCAGAAUGUGAGGAAGCACAUCCACUCCUGCUUCUCCAACAUCGGCUGCUUCCUGCUGCCACAUCCUGGCCUCAAGGUGGCCACCAACCCGUACUUUGACGGCAGGCUGAGAGACAUCGAUGGUGAUUUUAAGAGGGCGCUGGCCAAGCUGGUGCCUCUCCUCCUGGCCCCAGACCGACUGGUAGAGAAGGAGAUCGGAGGCAACAAAGUCACCUGCAGAGAUCUCCUGGAGUACUUUAAGGCUUACAUAAAGAUCUACCAAGGUGAGGAACUGCCUCACCCAAAGUCCAUGCUGCAGGCGACCGCAGAAGCCAACAACUUGACUGCUGUGGCAGGAGCCAAAGACAUGUACAGCAAGAACAUGGAGCUGGUCUGCGGUGGGGACAAGCCAUACAUCGCCCCGGCCGACCUGGAGCGCUGCCACGAGGAGUUUCGCGACCACUCUGUGCGUUUCUUCCGCUCCGUAAAGAAAAUGGGCGGCGAGGAGUUCUGCCAGCGCUACCAGAGCCAGCUGGAGUCGGAGCUGGACGAGGCCUACGCCAACUUCUCAAAGCACAACGACGGCAAAAACAUCUUCUACACAGCACGCACACCCGCCACGCUUUUUGCAGUCAUGUUUGUCACCUACGUGGUGUCUGGGGUGACGGGCUUCAUCGGCCUGAGCACCUUAGCAGCCCUGGCUAACCUGGUGAUGGGCGUGGCGCUGCUGUCGCUCUGCGCCUGGGCGUAUGUGAAGUAUUCUGGAGAGUUUCGGGAGGUGGGAACAAUGAUAGAUCUGGUGGCCGAUACACUCUGGGAACAGGUUUUGAAGCCAUUAAGUGAACAUUAUAUGGAAGACAAUGUCAGACAGACGGUGGUUAACUCUAUCAAAGCCAGUUUGACAGAACAGGGCUCGCAGCACACCAAGUUAAAGACUCACUGACGCUCUUCAUCCUCAUCUCCCUCGUCAUGUUCAUCAUCCUCCUGCCCACUCGCUCAAUGUGCUCACUCCUAGAACUGUGGAACUAGUUCAACACCAAAGCUGUUUUCCCCUAAACACCCACCAUCACAUCGCUGCCCUAUCUUUAUUUGCUGUUGUGGACCUGUAGGCUCGCUGUCUGCCCUGCUCUUCAUCGCCCCCCAGUGCCUCAGAGCAGAAACUGCACGUUAAUGAGAGGACCGAGCAGAGAAGCUGGCUGCGUAGCCUCUUGCCAAAACAGGACCUGAAGGACUGUCACCUUCUCCAGUGUGCCAAGCUGUGAUAGAUGCAUCUUGUGCUGUAAUGCAUACUUUAGGCUGACACACACACACACACACACACACACACACACACACACACACACACACACUGACAUCUUUGCUGGUAGCGGACUGCACUUGCUUCAGGAUUGAGCUGUAAUUCAGGGAAAACUGACACCGCCGUGGGCAGCUGUUAUCAACAGUGGAUGCAAACUAAAACCCUUUUCUGUGCAUUUAAUCAUUUUGUCUUGCAGGCCAGACAGUAGAGAGCUCAGUUGACUUUCUCUUCAGACUGUUAAUUAACGUUUCCUACAAGCACAAGUGACUAAUUGACUCAGAAAACUGAUAAUGAGGUGAUUGUCAUGUUCAUUGUUUUUGUUAUUUCAGUAAAAUCAGGAAAAGGAUUUUUUUGAUUCUACUGAAGUAAAAGGAAAUAGAAAACCCUGUCAUGGCCAAGCUGGAGAGGCUAUUUUAACUGUCAAAUUUCCAGUCUGUCCUGGUAAAUUGAUCUGUGUCCUUCUACAAAUCUGAACUGAACAGACGAGUGCAGGAAAUCAAGUAAAACUAGUAGUUCACCUGCAUGCCUAUGUUCAUUCAUUUUUUCACACUAUGUUUAGAAGGUGUGUUAACCAGGUAACAUAAUCAAACUCUGGGCUCAGGUUGCUUCUAGACAACAUCUCUGUACGUCUCUCUGUCUCUCCCUUUAAUAUUUUGUGAUUGUAAUCGUGAAGAGAACUAGGAAGCCUCGAGCCUCUCGCCUGAUGUUUGAUCUGUUUUUAAUUUAGAACUGACGUGUUUUAUCUGGCCUUUUGUGUCUCGUAGCGGACCUGCCAGCGUUUGGCCCUCUGCAUGGUGUUAAGAGGUACUGUGUUGUAGCAUUAAGCUAGCUAAGAGCUUUUAGAGCCCAGGCCUUUAUAGUCAGGUAGCCAGGGAGGACUGUCAUGUUGAACCAUUUUCUCUUCCACUGCCUUUCAUUAAAGCUGCACUAGCCCUGUUUCCCCUUUGCAUUUUAGGAACUACAGGAUGUAAGUUUGACUCUUGCUUUUGGGGAGUUAUAUACUUGCAUAUCUUUUUUUAAGCUCAAACUCAUAUUACCCCUCUAAAGGAAUAGUUUGACAUUUUGGAAAAUACGCUUAUUUCUUGCUGAGAGUUAGAUGAGAAGAUUGAUACCACUUCUAUAUCUGUCAGUUAAAUAUGAAGCUACUACCAGCAGCUAACCUUGUUAGCUUAGCUUAGCAUAAAGUCCGGAGGUGAAACAGCUAGGCUCUGUCUAAAAUCUGCCUAUAGCAACAGCUCUAAAGCUCACUUAUUAACUCACAUCUUGUUUGUUAAAUUCUUACACAAACCAAAGUGUAAAAACAACAAUUUAACAAGUACAACCUGAUGUUGCUGCGUAAAACCACUCUGUUUUUUGUAGGAAUUAAACAAGCGUGUUAGUGAACUUUAGAGUAGCUGGUAGGCAGAAGUUUUUAACCUUUUGUACAGAGCCAGGCUAGCGGUUUAACCCCGUUUCAAAGCUUUAUGCUAAGCUAAGCUAACUGGCUGUUGGCUGUAGCAUCAUAUUUAAAUGACAGAUAUAUGAGAGUGGUAUCGAUCUUCUCAUCUAACUCUCAGCAAGAAAGUAAAUACACGUAUCUCCCAAAAUGUUCAACUAUUCCUUUUAACCGACAAGAAAUGAUUCUAUCCGCUGCCUUUAUUCUCUCCUCUCACUGGACUCGUAUUCCUCUCUUCAGCGAAAGGUGGUACAAUCAUUCAAAUGGCGAGGGACUUUUUCACAAUUUAAAAUGUGGUUACUUCACAAUAAGAACCUGGCUUAAUGUUAAGUAGACUAAAGAAACCUUCCCCAGUAUUCAUUUUUUUACUUUGUUCAACAGCUGCAUCACAUCUGUCUGAGCUCUUUUGCGUUGAUUCCAUCCACAUUAUUUCUCACCUCAAGCACCAUCUCGUACUGUACAGUGUGUUCACAUAUUACAAAUUGGGCAUGUAUGUUGGAUUAAAUAUUUAAAUAAACUUUGUAUACAUUUUAUAGUUAAUCAUUUGACAAUGGCUGUUUUUUUUCCUCUCUUGAUCUACUUAAAAGUUUAUGGUUUGGAUGUUAAGUUGCUGCUGUAGGGUUUACACUAGUGUUCUCCUUUUUCAUGAGGACGGACGUUAAUAGAAACGUGGUGUGAAUACUGAUAGGAAAAUGUUUUGAUUGUGACGAGUGGAUUGGAGACAAUGUCUGCCUUUUAAAGGUAUCUCUGGUAAUUUAUUUUUGAAUAAAAUGUUUACUUUAAGAAUAAAUCAUCAUUUCAGUUC